UUUACCUUCAAUGAGGUAUUUCGUGAAUCGGAUACGCAGGCCAAGGUUUUUGAAAUAGUAGCCGCAGACAAAGUUCGAGCUUUUAUCGGAGGUUUAAAUGGUCUCAUUUUUGCAUAUGGCACCACCAGUUCCGGCAAAACUCACACUCUUCAAGGCACACGAGAAAAUGUCGGGAUUAUUCCUCGGUCCAUCCAAUCUAUGUUUAGUCUCGUAAAGCACAAAAGCGACCCGUUUUUAAUGCCCAAAGAUUUCGCAGACGUAGUUAGUCUGGAUGAUGAUGAGGUUCAGAAAGUUUUAUCUGAUAAAUCCACCCUUAUCAAAUAUUCUGAAGGAGUUUCUGAGAACAACUUCCUCAAUGGUGUUAAAGGACACAGUUUUUUGGAUGAUACCUUAGAUCAAAACUCAGGAUUCAAACAUCCUAGUGACAUACGUUUCAGUUUCUGGAUGAGUUUUGUAGAGAUUUAUAACGAAACAUUUUAUGAUCUACUGGAUCCUACUCAUUGCUGUAGCAUGCUAACUACCCAACCUAACGGCGUCGCCAGCAUGCGAAAUAAUCAGAAUACUAUGAAUUCCCGAAAUAUAUUUAGUGUAAAUAGCAACACAUCACAUGCAUCUAGUUUUGUAAAUCAACCUCGAAGAACUCCAUUAGAAUUGAGGACUGACAAAAAUGGAAAUCUCUUUAUUAAAGGUGUAAAAUGGUAUCCUAUAUCUUCACCUGAAGAAGCUUUGAAACUUCUUGCUGUUGGUCGUCAUUGUCAAAAAGUUGCAUCGACUCGUUUAAAUCAAGCAAGUUCCAGAUCUCAUAGUAUCUUAUGUGUAAAAGCUGUACGAGUAGUUGAUAAAAAUAAUCCAAAUUUUGCUCGAGUUAGUACUUUAAUGUUUUGUGAUUUGGCUGGAAGUGAACGUUCUGUAAAAGCUGCUACCGGUGGUCAAACACUACGAAUUCGUGAAGCUGGUAAUAUUAAUUCAAGCUUAUUAACUUUAGGAAG